AUGCCUACAUGUGUUGGCCCUACCUUCUUCUUUCAGCAGAACAUCAUGAUCAGCCAUGACCACCCAAAACCUGAAUAUAAAAAUGGUCGGCAGGAGAGACACCUCGGCGGUGCCCGGCGGUGCCCGGCUGGGGAGCUGGUGCCGCUGGACAGACGCCCCCCGAGACGACGGCAGCUCCCCGGCCCGUACCGCGCUCCAAGCCGUGCCGCCCUGCCCCUGACAGAUGUUUGCUCUCCUCCCCUCCACCAGCUCGAGGCACUGGAAGCCGUUUUUGCUCAAACCCACUACCCCGAUGUGUUCACUAGGGAAGAGCUGGCUAUGAAAAUCAACCUCACGGAAGCCAGGGUGCAGGUGUGGUUCCAAAACCGAAGAGCUAAAUGGAGGAAAACAGAGAGGGGUGCUUCCGACCAAGAGGGCUCUAAGGAAACAAUGGCUGAGGUGGCGCCUCCUGCGAGGAAUUUGAAUUCCCCUUCUCCAGCAGAUCAAACCAGGAAUAAAAAAGAGAGUCUGGAGAUCCAGCAGAGCCUGAGUCGAGCAGUGGGUCCUACAGGACCUUUCUUCCCUUCCUGCCUGCCGGGGACUCUUCUCAACACAGCCACCUACGCACAAGCUUUAUCCCAUGUCGCCUCUCUAAAAGGGAGCCCGCUGUGCUCGUGCUGUGUUCCAGACCCCAUGGGCCUCUCCUUCCUGCCCACCUACGGCUGCCAAAGCAACCGCACCGCCAGCGUGGCUGCGCUGCGCAUGAAGGCCCGGGAGCACUGGAAGGCUGUGCUCCAGUCUGCAAACCUCCUGCCCACCGCUAAGCCUCCUGCCAAACCCGGCCCCGAGGGCAGCCAGGACAAGCAGCCCUCUCCGGCCAAGGAGCACAUGGAAGGAGAGAAGAGCGUAUGA